AUUUAUAGGGAACUAGCGAGUCAAAACUUUUUAGGGACCAAGGGGACAAAAAAGAUAUAGCGGGGUACAUUAGAAGACGCACCCAAAUUGGUUUGCAAGAACAAAAACACCACAUUCGCAGUCUAUUAAUCCCUUACGUCGCGUACGUACCUAGUAACGUUUGCUGCAACGACAGACCCGGAACAGCGCAUACAAUUCACCAAGUUGAGCCUGAACAAACAGACCCUCGCCGGGCAGCAGAAGAACAAUAACGUUAGCUGCACUAGCUGUCUAGCUAGCUAAACAUUUCCAGUCAACGUGGAGGAUGAUGUGGUUAUGCUGAUAUUUGGAGCUAGCAAGCCACAAAUCCAGUCUGGUAUCGUGCGAUUUCACAGAUAACUGAAAUCGAAAUUUUACGUGGAUUUGCGGAAUGUAGCUCGUAGCUAGGGGGCGCGUGAGACGUUGCCGCGGCGAUGAGGGUGCGCUUGUCUCGGAGGCUGGGCCUCCUGGCGAAGGCCUGCCUGCUCCUGUCGGUCAUGUUGCUGGCGUACUUCCUGCUGGAGCGCUCGGGGACGUCCUCCCCGGGCUCGGAGGAGGACGGCGGCGGGCGGAGCCUCCGGGAGAGGCAGUUCUCCGACGCGGAGGAGAGCCGGGAGCAGCUGGCCAGGCCCGUCUACCUCAAGCCCCCUGCCGAUUCCAACGCGCCGGGGGAGUGGGGCAAGGCCACCCACCUGACCCUCGACCCCGAGCAGAAGAAGCUGGAGGACGAGUCGGUCGAGCGCUACGCCAUCAACAUCUACGUCAGCGACCGGAUCUCCCUGCACCGCCACAUCCUGGACAACAGGAUGCAGGAAUGUAGAGCGAAAAAAUUUAACUACCGCAGUCUGCCCACGACGUCGGUGGUGAUUGCGUUUUACAACGAGGCGUGGUCCACGCUGCUGAGGACCAUCCACAGCGUGCUGGAGGCCACGCCCGCUGUUCUGCUGAAGGAGAUCAUCCUGAUCGACGACUUCAGCGAGAAAGCCUAUCUGAAGUCCCAGCUGGCGCAGUACAUCAGCGGUCUGGAGCGGGUUCGCCUCGUCCGCACCAAGAAGAGGGAAGGGCUGGUCCGGGCGCGGCUCAUCGGCGCCACCUUCGCCACCGGGGACGUCCUCACCUUCCUGGACUGCCACUGCGAGUGCGUCCCCGGCUGGAUCGAGCCGCUGCUACAGAGGAUUAAUGAAGACGAAAGCACCAUAGUGUGCCCCGUGAUAGACACCAUCGACUGGAACACCUUCGAGUACUACAUGCAGACGGACGAGCCGAUGGUUGGCGGGUUCGACUGGAGGCUGACGUUCCAGUGGCACGCGGUGCCCGAGGUGGACCGGCAGAGGCGAACUUCACGCAUUGACCCCAUCAGGUCUCCCACCAUGGCAGGAGGCCUGUUUGCUGUGAGCAAGUCCUACUUUGAAUUCCUGGGAACCUAUGACAUGGGCAUGGAGGUGUGGGGCGGAGAGAAUCUGGAGCUCUCCUUUAGGGUGUGGCAGUGCGGCGGAUCCCUGGAAGUCCACCCCUGCUCCCACGUGGGUCACGUCUUCCCGAAGAAAGCCCCCUACGCCCGGCCCAACUUCCUCCAGAACACGGUCCGGGCCGCCGAGGUGUGGAUGGACACCUACAAGCAGCACUUCUACAACCGGAACCCCCCGGCCCGAAAGGAAUCGUACGGGGACAUCUCAGAGAGGCUCGCCCUCAGGGAGAAGCUGAAAUGCCAGAACUUCGAGUGGUACCUGAAAAACAUCUACCCGGGCCUGCACGUCCCCGAGGACCGGCCCGGCUGGCACGGAGCUGUGCGCAGCUCUGGGGUCCACUCGGAGUGCCUGGACUACAACGCCCCGGAGCACAACCCCACGGGGGCUCACCUGUCUCUCUUCGGCUGCCACGGCCAGGGCGGCAACCAGUAUUUCGAGUACACAUCGAAGAAGGAAAUCCGCUUUAAUUCGGUCACUGAGAUCUGUGCGGAAGUGGAGGAGGGCCAGACCUACAUUGGCAUGAAGUACUGCCCGCACGACGGAGUUCCGGUGCCUUCCGGACUCAUCUGGAUGUUCCAGUCGGACGGGAGCAUCUACCACCCGCGCUCGGACUCCUGCGUGACCGCCUUCCGCCACGGCGACGGGCGCACAGACGUGCGGAUGGACAAGUGCUCCCCGGAGGACAAGAACCAGAAGUGGGCGUUCGAGUGACGGAGGGGGGGAGGAGCCGAGAGACCCGGACCCAAGUGCAAUUACCGUCCUGGCCGACGGAGGAGGGAGGGAGGGAGGGAGGGAGGGAGGGAAAAGACGGAGUGACAGAAAGACGGAGGAGAGGGAACUCUCGAAGCACAUCGGCCCCCGCGCCCCCUGCCUCCGGGCUUUCUGCGACAGAACUGAAUUCACCCAAGUGCCUGCAAACGCAAUAACGAAAGGGGGUCUCGACUCCGGUAGUGCCAAGUGCUUUCCAUCAGUCUUUUCGUUUCUAUUUAUUUCUCCAGGUGUGAUGUGGGUCGCCCAGCGUCGUGGGCCACUAUGUCAGCAGGACUGGGGAUUAGGGGAAAAAGGCUGUCCAAUCAGCAGAGCCACUUUCAUUUCAUCAGAAAUGGGCAUGUACUCCAAUGUUAUUGCACUACGGGUAUCUUUAUAUGGAUAUCGCAGUGCCUCAGUGAUUCUUCUUUGUUUGGUUUUUUUUUUAUAUAAGAGUUGAGAUUGUGGUUUUAUUUGAAUUAUGCUUGGGAGGUCGGUUUCAGGGAAUGGUGAAUAGUUUUCAUCUCUAUCUUCUCUUCGCUAAUUUUGCCUCCCUUUUCUUUGAAAUGAUGUCAGUCACUUAGAGAAAUUCUGUUUAAAUAAGGUUUUUAACAUUUUAUUAUUACAUUUUUUCAGUGUCUCCACUGGGGGGUAAAAAUGGAUUGUAGAAGAGGGGAGCUGGGUUCGAGGGCGGUGUUCAUAUGAAAUACUUCUUCGGGAAGUCGAUUACCAAAAUCAGAAUUGCUUUACCCUGUGGCCGACGGGAGGAUUGAGUAGACGAGUCUGACGUAGUUUCUUCAGCAUGUUGUUUUCUUUGACAGGAAUAAAAGCAAUAAAUCGUGAUGAUGUUGGGGGUAAGUAAGGGCUAAUUCAAAGUACUUACAGAAAUGACACUUCAUUAAAAGAAUGCCUUAACCAAAGUGCCAGAGAGCACAGGUAUCUAUGGUGCCUGCGACUGAACCUGAUUUUAGACGCAUUGCAGUUCUCCAGAAUGCAUUCCCUGUACUGUUCCUCUGGCCAUGAGACUGACAACAAACUGGCUUCCAUUUUUUACAUUUUAGAGAAAUAUAUUUUGUAAAACCCAUGUUAUUCAGCCAUGGCAACCCGUGCACUACACAAAAGGAACUAUGCUAGCCCUGCUUUUGUCUCACCAGUGUCACCGUGUGUCUCACCAGAAAACCACUGCAUUUGAUGGGAUCUGAUCCAGCUGUAACUUAGGGCAACAUUUUACUUUCGAAAAGCACAUUCCUUGUAUUUUAUAUAAACUCUAGGGCCUUGGUUUGUCAAAAAAAAAAACACAGUUUGAUUGUAUAAGCAUGCUCAAAUGACGUAUCGGGUGCUGAUCAUGCACAUGCACAUUUUCUUGCGGCAGAAAUCCACCACUGCUUGACGUUUGGUGUUCUGACGGGGUGCCACGUGACAGAAGCCUCCAUGUGGGCUUAAAAGGGUUGAGUAAGCAAACCCUAAAGCCCUGUUACUCAAAUCACGGUCCUCAAGGUGCAACAACUGCUGGUUGCCCCCCCACCCCCCCCCUCCUUUACAGGAAGUCGGGUGUGAAUACAGUCUGGCCAAUCAGUGGCACUAAUUGUUCAGUUAAUUACCUGGGAGAAAAGAAAACACGGGUCGGAUUUGGAUUUGAGGGCCAGAUUUGAGUAUCCAUGCCCUAUAGGAAGCACAUUUUUUUUCUUUUACAAAGAGUACAAUAACGGUGUGAAGAAAAAUCUAUUUUCUGUCAAACUGAAUGGUGAUGUUAUCACAUUGGUAAACAUGGCAGUGUGGAGGCGUUUUAAAAAAAAAAAAUGUUAAUGUAAAAACGCGUGCGCGCUCUUAAUUUUACAGGCUGGGGAGAUUUAUCGACACUCACUGAGAUUUACAGAUGGAACAUCCUGUGAAUCGCUUUGCGAGGAUUGUUGAUGAAUGAGCACAUGCGCGAUCGUUUGGUAAGCCUGUCAGUUUGUCUGUCGACAGCAUCACCGUUUUCCACCAGCUACUCUGCUGCUCGUGCACAUGCCCAGUUGUGCUUAUUUUUGUGAGAGUUGUCCAUUCUUCGUACUGUACGCCUUCGUUUAGCCUUCAUUGGUGAGUUCAGGCUGUAGGACCAUGACAGAAGCUUUACAUGUCCUUACGUGCUGUGCCAAUUAUGUGCAUACGUAACCUGCUGUUUAACUAGUUCGUUAAUGAAUGACAUAAUUGCAUUUAUUUUGUGAUUAUUUGCACUAAGGCAUUUGAAAUGUCAACUUGUACUUGGAAACUGGUGGAUCAUUGAGAAUGACUCCUGUGGGGCGAGUCGCUUCCUCGUGUCUAAGUGGCACGUGUGUGCAUAGGGAGCCUAAAGGGAAGGUGCAAAUGGAGAUUGUGUGUAUUUAAACUACUGAUUAAGUACAAAUGACUUCUGUUUGCCAGGAGAAAUAAAAGCUGAUUGAAAGACCGUC